AUGAAGUUCAAGAAGAUAUAUAAUGCUAUGGGACUUCAGUGUACUCAGCAGCAGAACCACUCUAUUGAAUCCAUCUGUGAUGCCAUGAUGGAUCUACACAAGGCAUAUCCAAAUGCUGGUGCACAAGAAAUGGUCUCCCUACUCUUUCAUGAGAAGGAUAUGAGUGUCAAGGUAUUUGAUUUGAAUGUGGUCAUUUUGUACUUUGCUGCAUUUGAGGUGGAGCUUGCUACUGGUGUAAACAACUUGUUCACUGUUGAUCAGCACAACAAAUGGCUUCAUUUCAGUCUUGCCCUACACACUGGAAUAGAGCUGUUCUCUGUCUGGCACUUGAACCAAAACCCCCAACUUAUACUCAUGUACUAUCUUGAUACCAUUGAGAAGCUUGACAUUCUGAUGAUUACUCAGAGUGAUCCAGGAUCCGAGAACUAUGGAAUUGCCAAUGCACACACCAUGCUCCAUCAAAUGUAUGAUGUAUCACUCCAAGACACAUUACAAUACUGGUGGAUACACACCAAAAAGAAUGUCACACCCAAGAUCACCUGGUCUCAGUUACACUAUAGGUAUCAAGACCACAUCAAUAACACUGUGAAGAGACAUGACCAUAAUAAGGUUCUCCCUCAUGGUAUACCAAACCUAAUCUAUGAGUCCCCUGAAGACUUUGGUGCAUUGGAUUUUAAGGUAACCAUUGAUCAGGACACCAUAGAUCAUGUAUGA